GCGUAAUCAGGCGUGUCCAAUCGAGAACAAAAAAAAAGAGAAAGGAAGAGGUUCAAAACUUUUUCAGAGGUGUUUUUCGUAUGCAAGAACACUACAGAGAUUUAUAGGAAGGCUUUCUGCAGAACUGGCACAGAGUGUACAAAUAUGUAACCUGUUUCUAAACAACGUGGAGUCGAGUAUCGCCUCGCUGGAGAGAAGAUUUACUUAAGACAUGUGCAUUAAGCUACAGGUCCUCAGGGUGUGAGAGGCGAUCACCAUGGCAACACAGUUUAGUAUCGAUGAUGCCUUUGUGUUGGAGGGAGACGAGGAGGGAGCUGUGUCGGACGGAGAGACGGAGGGAUGGAAAGGCAGAGACAAGGACAGAGAAGCAGGAGAGAUGACAUUUGGUCCUUUGACUUUCACUAAACCUCAGACUCACCCCUCACCUUCUGCCGCCGGCUCCCCUGAACACAGCAACCUGAAGUAUCAGAAUCUGGAAAAUGAAGACGCCUUGGGCAACAAUGGCAAUUCCUCUUUCAAUAACUUCUUCAAAAUCAGUGACCCGGCAACUCUGUCAUACUGCAGCUCCCAGUGGUCCUUCAGCACCUUGAGUUCGGUCACGCAGCUCUCUGCACAGUGCUGCGGGUGGGUGUCUCAUCCGCUGGUGAAGAAAAACAGAAGGGUGGUUCUUGCUUCAUUCCUUCUCCUCAUCACUGGAGUUGCUCUCAUUUUCACAGGUGUUGUCAUACAGCUGAAUCCAAAUGCAGGGGUUUCAAGUGCUAUUUUCUUUGUUCCUGGAUUUCUUCUCUUCAUCCCUGGAGAUUAACAGUGUCAUUCCCUGUAUGUCCUCCAGUGUACCAUGUGAUAUACAUCAGCUGUGCUGUGCGUGGAAGAAGAGGCUUCAAAUUGUUCUAUUUACCUUACUUUGAAAAAUGACAUUUUAUGAAACACUACAUUUCCUCUACAUUUUGUUGUUUGAUAUCUUAAAAUGAAUUAUAUUUGUCACUUGUAACGAAAAUAUAUUGUCACAUGUUUCACAUUGUUUUUUCUUGUCAUUGUAAUGACCACUACUAAUUUAACCACUCAGUGCCUGGUCUAUGUUUCCACUACAUGAACUGAUGUUGCUGUAUGUGUACACGAAAAAGAAGGACAUUGGUCUUGCCUGUGUUUUUUUUUAUGUUGUGUGAAUAAUGACUGUGAAAUUACAAUAAAACGUUUGUAUAUUUAAA